AUGAAUCCAAGGCACGUGUUGAUUAGGUUUGAAUUGGAGGAGGAUUACCAACGGUGUUGGAUCACAUCUCUUUGGCAUAUUGGUAUCUUUCAAAUGAGAAUCUUAAAGUGGCAGCCGAGAUUCAAAUUUGAGGAAGACCCCCCAAUUGUACCAAUUUGGGUUUCACUGCAUGAACUCCCAUUGGAGUGGACACAUCCAUCAGUGCUUUAUUCAAUUGCCUCCGCGGUUGGCAAGCCCUUGCAAGUGGACGCUCUGACUCUCAAUCUGACAAGGCCAUCAGUGGCGCGAUUUUGUGUGGAAGUGGACCUUUUAAAAGAGUUGCCAAAAUCCAUUCGCAUAGGGAAGAAAGGGAAGAAGUUUGAGCAGUUUUAUACUUAUGAAUAUGUCCCGGCUUAUUGUCAAUCCUGCUGUAAGAUCGGGCAUAAGGCAAUUGAUUGUAGAAAAGGGAAGGGGAUGAUAAAUGCAGAUCUGCGCAAGGAAGAACAAGCAGGGAUGGAAAAGUUGGCUGCGGAAAAGGGUGCAUUGGCUGACAAGGUUCCUGCGGGGAAUAAGAAUGGAUUUCGGAUAAAUCAGAAAAAAGUCAAAUGGGAUUCCAAAAGGAUUGCAAAGAAAGGUGAAUUGCAGGUUGAGAUUGUUAAUGACAAUCCUCUGAUCAUCAGGGAUCUUUCUACUAAAGUUACGGAAGCACAGGUUGCGGGAACCCUAAUUUUGCAGCCUGCAGGAAUUAGAUCACUCGAUGGGGCUACUGGCUCUGGUUUAACAGAGAAGGAAAAGGCCUCUAUUAUUGUUGAUAUUGAAAGUAGUCCGAAACGAGGUUCGGGUGAAAAGAUUGUGAAUGAUGCGAUUCUUUUUGAAGGAGGCGAUAAUGCCACAGUUGAUCCAAAGCUUCGGGUUGCGAGCGGAUUGCGACUGAGUUCGAAGGCGCAAGGGGAUUUCGACACUCAGCGUAACUCUGCCCAGCUUGAGACUUUGGAGAACAUAGUUGUUGACGAUCUGCAUCUGGAUCAUAGUGCGCAAGGGGAUGCUGGAUUACAGUUGCAAACGACACAACUCGACCUAGAAGACAGAAGAGAACCUCAUGUUGCCAUUGAGCAAGGGAAUAAAUUUGCGAUGCUCCAGACUUGCGAUGAUGAUUGUGAUGCAUCUGGAUAUGGUGCUGAGGAUGAUACUAUUAUUGAUCUUCCACUGGUGACGGGUAGUGAAACCGGGAUUGGUGGUCCUCAAGGAUUAAAUGGUGGAAAUUUGGAAAUGGCGGCUGGCUUAGAAAAGGAAGCUGUGACAGCUAAUUUUGAUAACAGUGACAUACUGCAACUAGGAACUAUUAAGUCAUCACUGAAAUACCCUAUGGAUUCUUUUCCAGCAGACAGUGAUGAUGGAAGUGAUGCUGCAACUGAUAGGGGAACAUGGUCAGAAGGGGAUAAGGAGAGGCGAGCAUCGGAUACUGAACGUGGGAACAGGACUGGGGCAAAGAAAAAGAAACGCGGUAGGAAAACAAGGGAGCAAAUCGCCAAGGAGCUUGAAGGGGCUGAGCUUAGGCGAUCACUUCGCUUUCAAUAA